AGGCUAAACACGGCUACAGUUGGUCCGUACGUUAAUAUGAGCUAAAACGGUAAAAAAGGAAAAGAAAACAGUCAUCGUUCCCUUGGUGUAAAACGGGUUUAGUAAUCUAGCGGAUUUAGUGUCUGUGCGCGUUCCCGAGUGCGCGCCGCUGCAGUUCUUUCUCUCCGUUCCCCUCGUGUUUGACACUUGGCGGGCUAAUGUCAGUCUUCUGCUGCCCUCCUCUGUAUGGGAGACCAAACGCAACUGGUGGGGGCGUUUCAACCUUCCACGACUAUACUGUAGCGUAUUUUCAUCAAGAACAAUAACCCAUGUACUACUUGUUCAUUGUAGUGUUACUGCGUCAAUCUGCCACCAUCUCCCCAAUAAACACUUCAUUCGGGUUCCUUUGUGUCACUGCAACUACAUGUCCCAUACACCAUUGCGAAAACGACCCCGCCGUACGGACAGUAAAAUGCCAAUAAGACUCUUUCAAACAUAUAAGUUAAAUAUUUUAAGGCUAGUAUGUAGCUGAAACAUUUCUAUCAUGUUGCACGUAUGUGUUAACGCUUACAGAGCCACUGUAAAUAAUAAACACGCAUUUAACAGAACUCAACAACACGUCACGUGACCAAUGUUUUGGGUUCCUCUCAAGACGCUCCGCGGGAGCUAGCUUCUUCGCCGCCAAAGGAGAGGUCAAAUAUCUGCCUCUGUUUUCACCAUGAAAUGCAGCCAGCCACUAUGGAUCCAGCGGAAGAGCCCCCCUCGAUGUUGUGGGGACUGGACCCGAUCUUUUGUGCCUUCGCCAGGCUGUAUGUCAGGGACAUCCUGCAGAUGACAGAGUCCAUACAGGUGCCAGGUAUCUACUUCUACAACUUGCAUCCAAUCUAUAAAGUUGAUGUACUCGGGACGGUGGUUUACAAGAGAGAAAGAGAAGACUUCUUCUGCUAUGGAGUGGAUGAUGGUACUGGUGUAAUAAACUGCCUCUGCUGGAAGAAUAACCUGUUGAAAGAGGAGGUGGAUCUUACCAAAUCAGGAGGAAAACACAGUGAUGGGGCUCAAGGAGGCUUCAACCCAGUUGCUGAACUGGCUCUGCUGAGGCAGGCCCAGCAGAGCCGCUGCCGUCUGGAGAUCGGAGAGCUGCUCCGAGUCAGAGGACCAGUGAAGACGUCGAGGCAACAGAGAGAAAUCAUGGCCUCCACCUUCUAUAAAGUGAACGACCCAGUGAUGGCGGUCCAGAUAGCGUGGAUGAUGGAGGUUCCUCAGCUCUACAGACAGUGCUAUGACAAACCACUACAGCUGCAACCUAAUGCAACGGGUGACUCAGCCAUCAGUUCCCUCAGCAAGGCAACGAAUAUCAUCAAGGAGUUCUUAAAGCAGAAGUCGGUGACCAGGUUCAGACCCUAUGAUGUUCAGGACCUCCUCCAGCCUCUCAUCUCCAGCCAGCCUCAAACAGCAUCAGCAGACCAGGAGCCUGUGGCGGGUCCAUCCGCAUGCCAGCAGCUACGCCAGCUCCUGAAGGAGACCCUGCAAAUUCUACAGGACGAGGGUGUUGUGUACCGCAAGGUCAAAUCCCAGGAUGAAGUCUAUCAGGUGACUGCACAUGACACAGAUCUACUCAUAGCCGUCAAAGACGUCAUCAGGGAGGACUCGCAGAGAGAGAAGUAUGCAGAGAAGGGUUGCCACAUCCUGCACAUCCUGUCUGCAGUCAGGCAGCGCCACAGCCUCAACGUGAGCAAAGCCACGCUGGAGCUGGUCCUCAAAUCCCUGGAGUGCAACAGCGACAUCAUCAGCACCAGCGACGACCAUUACACUGCGUUUUAGCUGGAGCACAGUAUUACUGUAGUAUUACUGGGUAGAUUAGUAUUGGUAAUACUGUAGUAUUACUGUAGAUACUAUAUGCACUAUGGCUUAUUGCUCCAAAAUGUGAGUGUCCAAUAGGUUGGAAGUAAAUCAUGUCUUUUUUUAUUCCUCUGUUCAUCUAUUGUGAAUUUGAAAUUAUAACUGCAUAAUGACAGACAUCAGGGAAGCUUUCAGGACCACUGUGCACUUCACUGUUAUGAUAGAAGACAUGUUUAAAUUAAUAGGAAAUGCAUAACAGACCCGGGCUCAUGCAUGGCUUCAUUAACCUGCUGAAGAGGCCUCUGGGGGGAAAUGAAGGCCUCUACACACAGGUGGUGUUUCUUUUAUGCUAUUCAUUUGCAAGUCAAUAUGUUUUUUUGAACUGUUGUUUUUAACACAAAUACUUUUAUGCAGUGAGAAUAUUAAAAACAUUCAUACAAGAAAUGUUGAUGACUUAAUGCAAACACGCCAAUGACAUAUCUUACCAUACCAACACAGGACGUAUUAAAAGUCUCUCCACAUCCAACAGCCGACUCAUGGCCCAGCAACGAAACCGAUUCGUCAUCUGUUGAGUAACUCAUCCUUGUAAACGUUGUACAUGCAAUCCAAAAGUUAGUUUGGAAUAAUGGCUGAAGUGCCCUUAAAAUCAUAAUGGUCUCUUAGUCUGGAGUCUCAAAUAUGCAUCUAAAAAGGCCAGGAGUUUACCCAGCCGGAAGACUCGCCAAGUCCACGCAAGACAAUGAUGCACUUUCUACAGGUUAUAAUUCUGCCGGUGGUAUUGUUCAAUGCCACGUCUGUACGCACCGUCAAGAUGAGAGGAUAUGUUCGUUGUUCCCAGUUAUAACUUGAUGGCAUUAUCUACAUGUGAUGCACAACUCUGGUGUUUUACCAGCUGUUCUGACAGAUGUUUCAA